ACUCCUUUAAGGAAGGCUCCGCGAGAUCAACAAGCAACAGCUGAGGCGGUGGCGCGCGAGAGAGAAAGAGCGCACGCGCCCCCUCUCUUUCCUUCCGCCCCCCUCCCGACCUCUCCCCCUCACGGCCGUUUCCUCACGGAGUCGCCGCCGCCGCCGUCAGCGGUGGCUCCCGCGCGUGCGAGCGCGGCCCCGCGUCCGUCCGUUUGUUUCCCCUCCCGUCCGUCCCUCCGCCCCGCCCAGUCGCAGGAUCGAUUCCCGGGGCAGGGCCGGGCUGGCGUAAGAUGGAGGGUCUGACGCUGAGCGAGACCGAGCAGCGCUACUACUGCGACCUCUUCUCGUACUGCGACACCGAGAGCACCAAGAAAGUGGCGUCCAACGGGAGGGUCCUCGAGCUCUUCCGCGCCGCGCAGCUGCCCAGCGAGGUGGUCCUGCAGAUCAUGGAACUUUGUGGUGCAACAAGACUUGGAUACUUCGGAAGAAGCCAGUUCUACAUUGCUUUGAAACUAGUUGCAGUGGCUCAGUCUGGGUUUCCACUGCGAAUGGAAAGCUUGAAUUCUGUCAAGGACCUCCCCCUGCCCAGAUUUGUCAUGUCAAAGAAUGAGCAGGAACUGAGGCAUUCAUCGUUGUAUUCUUCAGAUCCUGAUAACCCAUCCUCCUAUUCAGGUGCGAUUCCUCCCCCACCAGGUAGAAUACAAGUUAAAAAAGGCUCUGUGAGCCAUGAUGUCGUCCAGCAACGUCCAACGACAGAUCAACAGGAGUCCACAUCUCCCGUUGUUUCACCGCAGCAAUCUCCACCAACCUCUCCACACACAUGGAGGAAGCACAGCCGCCAUCCCAGCGGAGGAAAUAAUGAGCGACCAGGGCCUUUUUGGGCUCCCUUUAGUGAAGCACAAGCAGGCUCCUGUAUUACUGGCGAUCCAAUGUGGUCUGGCCAUUCACCACCACCGCAUCAAGAAAACUGGGUCAGUUUUGCUGAUAACACACCAACCAGUACUAUUUUAGCCAUGCAUCCUGCUUCUGUCCAGGACCAGACAACAGUCCGAACUGUAGCAUCAGCUACUACAACAAAUGAAAUUCGUAGGCAAUCAAGUAGUUACGAUGAUCCUUGGAAAAUAACAGAUGAACAAAGGCAAUAUUACAUAAAUCAGUUUAAAACCAUUCAACCUGAUCUAAAUGGAUAUAUUCCAGGUUCUGCAGCUAAAGAAUUUUUUACAAAAUCAAAACUUCCUAUUCUUGAACUUUCGCACAUUUGGGAGCUGUCGGAUUUUGAUAAAGAUGGUGCAUUAACACUGGAUGAAUUCUGUGCUGCUUUCCAUCUAGUAGUUGCUAGGAAGAAUGGCUAUGACUUGCCUGAGAAACUGCCUGAAAGUUUAAUGCCCAAACUGAUUGAUUUGGAGGACUCAGCAGUGGUUCCUGUUUCAGAAGCAGGGGAUCAGUCUGGUGAGGUAGGUUAUACAAGUUCACCAGCAGAAGCACCUCCAAGCAAAUCACCGUCAAUGCCAUCACUAAAUCAAACAUGGCCCGAGAUGAAUCAAAGCAGUGAGCAGUGGGAGACAUUUAGUGAACGCUCCUCAAGCUCACAAACUCUGACCCAAUUUGAUUCUAACAUUGCACCAGCUGAUCCUGAUACUGCUAUUGUUCAUCCUGUUCCUAUUAGAAUGACUCCAAGCAAAAUUCAUUUGCAAGAAAUGGAACUUAAAAGAACUGGAAAUGAUCACACAAAUCCCACGAGUCCUUUACUUGUAAAAUCACCUGAUCUUGUAGAAGAAAGUAAAAUGAGUUCAUCUGCAAAAUUUGUAGGAGGAAAUACAGUUGCAGAUGGUUACAGCAGCUCAGAUUCCUUUACUUCUGACCCAGAACCUAUUGGAAGCACUGUAACAAGACAACGAUCACAUUCAGGAACGUCUCCCGACAAUACAGCUCCUCCACCACCACCACCAAGGCCUCACCCGUCGCACUCAAGAUCAUCAUCUUUGGAUAUGAACAGAACCUUCACUAUUACUCCAGGUCAACAGCAAACUGGAGUGAUUGCCUAUCCCCCUGCAGUGCCUCCAAGACCUCCACCCACACAGGCUGGAGCUCAUGGUCAUCGUUCAUCAGAUGCUGAUGGUCUAAUAGCACACACCAGUACCUCACCUCAGCAAAUACCAGAACAGCCAAACUUUGCAGAUUUUAGCCAGUUUGAGGUUUUUGCUGCAUCAGGUGUAAAUGAAGAAGAGGAUGAUGAAACUGAGAAACAACCAGAGGUUUUGCAGGUAGAAAAAACACCUGAUUCUGCUGGGCCUCUUAGAGUUGCUAAAGGUGAUGGAAGACUUGAAGACAAAACAGUUUCCAGUACGCCUGCAAAUACGGGCAAAGCUACAACGCCUCUGGCACCGCCACCAAAGCCUAUACGCAGAAGGCCAAAAUCAGAAGAUGAGCUGAGACUGGAAGCUGAGGAGCAAACACAGAAAACAGGUGUCAUAGCUGCUGUUCUUGCUUCACAGCCAUCUAUUCCUAGAUCGGUGGGAAAGGACAAGAAGGCUAUUCAGGCAUCAAUCAGACGCAAUAAAGAGACCAACACCGUUUUGGCCAGACUGAAUAGUGAAUUACAGCAGCAAUUAAAGGAUGUUCUUGAAGAGAGAAUUUCGCUGGAAGUUCAACUGGAGCAGCUUCGACCCUUCUCUCACUUAUAAGCCAAUUGCCAUUAACUGUGAAUUAAUUAACUCUGAAAGGGGAAAUUGGGUAAAAGGCCUAAUUAAAGACCCAUAUGUUCAGCUCAGUGCACUCUUAACAUUUUUUUGUGAUUGUUUUGUCCUCUGUCCACAGUUGUAUUUAAGUAACUUUUAUAAUUUUAAUACAAAGAAUGGAAUAAUUGUUUCCUUGAAUGUUCUAUAUAUUGGCACUGCCAACCUUCCCAUUUUGUUGGGAGGACACAUUUUUAAUUUGGAGCGAAGUUUGUACAGCUUCAGUGGCCUAGAUCCCAAACUGAACUUGAUUACCUUAUGAAUUUUCUAUAUUUCAUGUCAAAGAUCAUGACUAAAAAAACAUCCCAGAUAUCUACUUUUUAAACACAGAAGCACAUGCUUUUACACAACUUUCUUUUGAUUGUGUAAGAGAAGGUUAACCAGCUGUGGUCAUCCGUUUUUCCUUUCCCGAGUCACACUUUGCAAUCCAUCUUGAAAUUUCAGGCAGCCAUUUUGAUUCAUUUUGCGCCUUCCAAGUGCCACAAAUACCCUUUUUUGUUUUCAUACUACCUUGCCAUACCAAAUGCAUUUGGUUGUCUUUUCCUCUUUAUGUACUUUGUACGUGGCCACAGCUUGACAUUUGUUUCACUGUUUCCAUUCAUGACUGUAAUUUUUCAGCAUGCACGUAAGUGCAUCCCUUCUGUGAAAGGAUUGGGUGUUGAUCUCUCCGCCAUGCACAUUUCCUGAACACCACCCGUAGUUGCAUGCUUUGCACAUUUACCCUUUUAUUAACUGGCACAUCCAACAGACUUUACUGUAACACACUAUGGUCAAUAAAUGUGUCAGUACCUCAACUCUUUUUUUUGUUCCUCAAAAGGUUUGCUUCAUCUCUCCAAGCCUUAUUCUUCUGGCUUGCAGACAAGCUUCAUUAACACAGUUUCCUGAGUGUAUCCUGCUAUUCAGGUUGAUGUACUGUAUUAGGAUUUGUUGUAUAUUGUAUAAUACACACCUUUUGAUCUCAUAUGUAAAUUUGCAUUAAUGCUGACUAACAGCAGAUAUUCUAUUUAAUGGCUUAUUCUGGCUGUGGGAUCAUAGAUGUUAAACUGCAUGGAUGUAUCUCAGCAGAAUCAGAACUAGCAAUUGUGUGAUUUUUACACCAAUAAAACAGCACAAUAUUUUAACUUGGGUGAAUCCUUUUAGUUUGGUUUAACACACCGAAUUACGUUGCUUUUCAUGAGCCUGCAAAUAGGAUUUUGCACUGAGUAUUUGGUUGUGAAGAAACCAUAACGCUAAGACUACUUUGGCCACCAUGUUGGCCAGUUGGCUUGCCCAGCCAGAAGAACAAACUUAACACUCACACAACAGGAUUCCUCCCCUCCCCCCCCCAAGAGUAGAUUUUGGUGGCAUGCGGAGCUGCAUAGAAAGGGAAGUCCACUCAUGUGCUAUGGGAGAUUUAUCACCCUAAAUCAAACAUUAGAGAAAAGUCA